AUGGCGGAGAAGAUCCUCAUGAACGAGUACAAGUCCCUCUCGAAGGAGACAUGGACCCACAUCUCGCUCGUGAACGAGAACAUUUUCGAGUGGAGCGUGGCCCUCAUCGUCCUCAACCCCGACUCCCUUUACUACGGCGGCUACUUCAAGGCAACCAUGAAGUUCCCACGCAAUUACCCAUACGAGCCACCAGACUUCCGCUUCGCACGCCCUCUGUGGCAUCCGAACGUCUACACCGACGGCCGCCUCUGCAUCAGUAUCCUACACCAGCCGGGCGAGGACAGUAUGAGCGGCGAGUUGGCCGGCGAGCGCUGGUCACCGGUACAAAGGGUGGAGAGCGUGCUUAUCAGCGUGCUCAGCCUUCUCGACGAUGCCGAGGUCAGCAGUCCGGCUAACGUAGAUGCGGGCGUCAUGCUGAGGAAGGACCCGGAAGCGUACAGGGAGAAGGUGCGCCUGGAUAAGGAGGCGAGCAAGCAGGACAUCCCGGCCGGCUUCGAGAUGCCGACACACGAAACCGCAUUCAAGCGGGAGGAGCGUGUGGAGAGCUUCAGCUGGUCGGACAGUGAGGCGGAGGAGGACUUUGGCGGGUCGGACAGCGAUGAGGAGAUGUUCGAUGAGGAUGAGGAUACGGACGGAGAGGAGGGCGGGGAGAAGGAGGAAGAGGAUGAGUGA